AGAACAUAUUAUUACACGAGUCAGUGGUACACAACUUCCUCCACUAUAUACACGCCGCUAUAUAAUUUUUACACGCAUUCCACGUCGAUAUAUUUUCCCGUUUUCUUUUUCUCUCCAAAGAUGUACGUACUUCUCUCCAAGCGUUCGAGUUCGUCAGUAUGUGCGUAUUUAUAACGUCUUUCUUUUUUCUUUUUUUUGUCAACCUUUUAUUCUCACUCCGCAUCAUACAUCGUUUUAUUUGCUACUAUUAUGCACACACAAUUUUCAGACAGAUUAGAUUCGAAAUUCUAUUCGCCUCGAUCGACACUGGAAUUAAAUAAUAAAGGAAAUACGCUUCGUAGCGAGUUCGUGGAUGCGACGAGCCGCAUGGAAAGGUAUCUUUUUCUUUUUUUCAAAAAUAAUGAGGAGUGGAAAUGGAAUAAAAUAACUGUACGUACAAAUUGACGAUCGGUGCAAGCGUGUACGUGAUCGAAGAGAAGAAGGAAGAGAAUGCCUCGCGUUUCUGAUCUUCUACAGCCUGUAACACUUUCCUUGGACCACCCCGCAUUUCGAAUAAGUCCAAUUAACAUAACACGUUUCGAAUUUGAAAAUUUGAAUCUCGUGAUUCCCUGCUCGAGCGUAUAGAGGAAGAUUCGAGUUACACGACACCUAACGUGACACUGCGCGGUUUGUACAGUGUCUAAUUUGCAUAAUCGUGUAUCGAAUUCUCGCACGCUUGAUAUAUUAUUCAUUCUUGGAACGAUGAAGGGAGGAAAGAUAAACGGUAAGAAGUAUCGAUCAAAUUUUUCCGAGACAUUCGUAAUCGAUCGAACAAGCAACAUUUUAACACUCCACUCGUCAAAAGUAAAACUCGAUCGAACGGAAUUUGCGCGAUACACCACCGAAUACGAGAGCAAAGACGCCUAAUCGAUCGAUACUCGAUUCCCAAAUAAGUAUAAAUCGACAUUUCGAUUACGCGCAAAGGUAAUUGGCGCGUAGUUACACUUACGAAAUCAAUUCUCCGACUCGAACAACAUACUUCUCCUGCUAAUUUUCACGAGCACGACACCAUUCCACCAUUCGAGUAAACGUCGAAACGGUCUUCUGUCGAUUAAUUAACGAGCGUCUUUGAUCGAUGACGCUCCAAUGCGCGUCUAACCAACGAUCUCAUCUCGAUCUCGUCUCGAUCGAUCACCGAAACCGCGCGUCUGACGCAUCUCCUCCCCCUCCUCCUCCAGACAAUCAAUCGGCGUAUCUCCACCUAAAGGCUAAGAGAGACUAAAACUUGCCGACCUCUGGCCCCCAUUCGCCAACGUUCCACUGACACACCUGUGGCGGUGUCACCAAUCCUCUCCGCGAUCUCCUCUCCCCGAGUGCACAAAUCGAUCGAGGCAACCUUCCACUUCCUCUUCUUCCUCCUCUUCUUCUUUUUCAUCUUCUUCUCCCUUCCGUGGACGAAACGAAGAGCGAGGCACGUUUCAUCGGUCCCGAAAUCGAGCCCAACCUUGAAGAGGAGAGGAAUGCAGGUUACAAGCGUUGUCCUGCCGAACGUGUCCCGUUAACCGUGGACGGCGUGCACGUGUUUCACUUGGAGCAGAUGGUGAAAAGUCGGCGGUGGAAUCCUACCGGGGCAGGUUACGCACUUUCCACACUUUUGGCGCGGGCAUUAAUUAGCAUCGUGCGUACGAGGAGGCCGCUCGUGUCAGUUAAAACCGUGGUCAGUUGGCCGCGCGGCAUUGAGAGAGUAAAAUCGCACCCUCGCUUUGCCGACAAAGGAAGGAUUGGAAGAGGAACGAGGACCGAGGCUAACUAGUUCUAAAGGAUAUAUAACAUCUUCUUGCAAGCGAGCAGCUGAACGCAAACCUGUGUGAAUGUCGGUAAAAAGGAGCGAACGAACGGAGAAAGGAAGGAGACAGCGAAUAGAGAAGUCUUGCGAAUGAAGUCAAAAAAGAAUUUCGAUACUCUCCUCCCAAAAAAUGCCUAAAAACAUCCACGAGCAUUAAGAAUCUCGCCUCACCGUUUCAAGAUCGAUCGUUCUCCUGUUGCGAAAAAUUGGUCGACGAAGUUGAAAAAAAAAGAGAGACUCGGGAUCGGAGGAAAUCUGCGGCAGUAGAUGAAGUAGGGCAACGAGUGGCAAAAGUCGACGAUGAUCGUGAUUCAUCGAGCGGGCAGACGAAAGCAAGAUCGUGUGAUGAGCGAGAGGGGAGAGGAAAGGCGGGGAGGACAGGUUGGCUGGGAUUCGUGAGCCGAGUGGCGAAAAGGAAAGAAAAGAAAAGGGACGCUUUAUCUGCUCACCUCUCAAAAAUUCGAUUGGAGGAUCAAUGUCGCCCACCAUUCCGCCUGUUCUCGUGCUCUCGCUUCUGCUGGUCUCGCCGCCGCAGACGGCGGAAGCCGGCGAAUUGAUGGAUCUGCUCGCGCUGAUACGCGGCACGCUCAAGUACUGGCGAAGAGUCUACCACAUGUACGAGGAGGAGGUGGCCCUCGGCUACUGCUGGGCCGAGUACUUUCUGCAUCUGCACGGGGAGGACGCGAACGGCGAAACAGCCACGUCUUCGCCAGGUCUCGUCUUCGAUCACGCGCCGCUUCACGAUUUUCAGAGCGAUUUCGGUUUCGCGAACGGUUUCGAGGAUGGCGUCGAGAACGUCGGCGCGUGGAACGGAUGGAUCGUCGGUGAAGGAUAUCGUCGAGGAAAGAGAUCUCAGGAGGCGUCGAGGAGAGAGGAACUUUCGAGGAUUUUGGACAAUGAUCGCGGUGUUUAUUCAAAGAUCGAUGGAAAUGGUUUUGGGAAUGAGCGGGUUAAUGUGGAUAACGGUGAAGGAUAUCGUCGAGGAAAGAGAUCUUACGCGGCGUCGAGGAGAGCUGGACUUUUAAGCAUUUUGGACAGCGGUGUUUUUGGGUACGGUUUUGGGAACGAUAUCGAGAAUGAAACGCGGAGAGGAUGGAUUAUCGGAAUGGAUAAUGGCGAAGGUUAUCGUCCCAUUAAGGGAUCUUAUGGAAGUUUGGGAACGUGGGGCAAGGAUCGCGGUGUUUAUUCAAAAAUCGAAGGGAAUGGUUUUGAGGAUGAACGGAUCGUGGACAAUGAUGGAAAAUAUCGUCGAGGCAAGGGAUCUUACGGGGCGUCGAGGAGAGGUAAACUUUUAAACAUUUUGGACAGUGAUCGUGGUGUUUUUGUGAACGGUUUUGAGAACGAUAUCGAGAAUGAAACGCGGAGAGGAUGGAUUAUCGGAGUGGAUAAUGGCGAAGGUUAUCGUUCAAAUAAGAGAUCUUACGGAAGUUUGGGAAUUUUGGACGAGGAUCGUAGCGUUCAUUCAAAAAUCGAAGGGAAGGAUUUUGGGAAUGAAACGUGGAAUAAACGGAUUGUGGCCAAUGAUGGAAAUUAUCGUCGAAGUAAGAGAUCUUACGACGCGAGAAGGGAUGGAAGUUUGGAGGUUUUAACCAAGAAUCGAGAUGUUUCUUCGAAAAUCGAUGAAAAUGCUUUCGAAAAUAAUUCGGGGAAGGAUGGUUUUGGGGAUGGUAUCGAGAAUGGAGCGUGGAACGAAUGGAUUAAAAGAUCUUAUGGAUCGUCGAAGAGGAAGGACGGAAGUUUGGAAAUUUCAGACGAGAGUCGUAGCGUUCACUCGAGGAUCGUCGAGAACGAUUUCGGGGACGAAGGGCGAAAUGAUCGGGCUAUAACCACGAAUAAUAACAGAAAAUACCGUGGAAAUAAGAUUCCAUCGUACGACAGGAAGGAAGAAGAAAUUUUGAAAAGUUCAGAGAGCAAAGAUCACAACGGUGUUUACUCGAAAAUCGUGAAAGAGCUUGUGUCGGGUGAUUCGAUGAGCGAUGAAUCGGUGCUAAAUUUCGGAGAUAAGAAAGUUUUCGAUGACGUUCGAGGAUACGAUCGUGGGAAGCAGGACGAAACGCUGAAUUUUACGAAGGAGGAAGAUCUCUUCUCCGAGCUUGCGAAAAAACACGGAUCGAGUACGAUCGCUUCGAUGGAAAAUGGAAGGCCAACAGCUGCGGAGACAUCGUCACCAAAUCCGAAAAUAAAUUUAGAACCCGGCGUAACGAGGCUGGAAUCGAAUAAACGAAACUUGCUCGCCUCGAUCUUGAGCGAGAAACCCGCGAAACGCGAGUUCCCUGAGGACCUCCCUUUCUCGAACAAACAACGAGCUAUCGAACAGAUUUCGAGGACGAUCGUCCCGCGGCUCACGGCGAGCGUCAAAAAGUUCCCCGCCCUCGAUUCGCGUUUCGAAGCUGACCACGCAAACCUCCGGUCGAAUAGCAUCUCGAGAUCGAAUCGUAAAAACGAGAAUCCAGCAAACUACGAAAGACCUCUCAGGGAUGCACGAUAUUCCUCCGGAAUACCGUCGAGCACCAAAGAAAUCGUUUCCUCGAGGAUCCCGGGAAACGAUUUCGCCCCUGGAAGAGGAGGAGGACCAGUCCCAACGCGGGAAACGAGCGUGGAACGGACGACGAAGUUUGGAUCGAACGGGGUAAAAAAUUCUAGAGGCGACGGAGAGGAGGAGAAACUUUGGAAGGCGGGGACGUGGAGGCUCGUCGACCCGGAGGGGGAGGAAGUUUGGGACGGUGUUGGCCGCGAAAGGAGGGACGCGGAGGAGGGAGAAAGGCGGCAGCCAAGUUCCGGCGUCCGACGGGAAAACGGGAAAGUGAAGACGAAAGACGAGCGGAAGACGUUCGACGAUUCGAUGCGUGGCUGUCGAAAGGGCGGCUUUUCCUUUCCAAUCGUUCCAUCUUCAUCGGCCAACGAGGAGCGACAAGGGGACCGUUUUCCUUCCGAUAAACCUUGGAAAAAACCGGAACACGGAUCCGUUUCGCGGUUCCCCGAGGAAAUCGCGGCCUCGAAUUCGAGUUUGGAGAAAGGAGGGGCAAGCAUGAGGAGGAAGCUCGCUUCAACGAGGAGAUGGCCAGUGUGGAGGGGAAACUUACGUCGUAAGCGUGACGCGAACAAUGAUCGAACGAGAGGAGCUUCUUCCCCCUGCAAUCCCCCUGCGUCGUUCCGUGAAAUUCGAGGACCGUCGAAGGACGCGCGGCAACCUGGACGCGACAUCCGGAUCGAUGGCGAAACCCCGUCGAAACGACGGCACGAUCGACGCGACGCGGAGACAUUCAGCCGCCAUCGAGGGAUUCGAACCGCUUCCUUAACCCCGGACGACCCUCGAGGGGCGGUUUACUCGCGGAUGAAAAAUUCAUCGAAGGAUGGGAGGGGGAAAAAACGGGGAGGAGGUCCUCGGGGAGAGGAGGACAGUUGGAAAAAAUCGUCGGGUGAUAUUGGGAGGGAUAAUUGGUGGUAUCGAGGAGACGAGAACGUGGUCGACGAUCGAGGAAAGUCGAGGAUUCGAGGCCUGUUGGGGGGAGGCUGGUUGCCGCCUCCCGUCGUCGCCUACCAUCGAUUCACGGAGGAUUACGGGCUGGAUCGAUCGCGGUGGAGGGCCGUGGAUCAAGGUCGACGAUCCUCGAAAGCGGAAGCACGUGGCCUGGAUAGAGGGGACACUGCGCUUUUCUAUCUGCGUCAAGCGUUUAUGGGCUUUUUGAGGGCCCUCGGCUUCUUCGUGAACGUGGGCAGACAACUGAUGGAUUACGUGGAGUCGAACGGCGCGCUUUCCUGCACCAAGGACUAUUUAGUGGGCAAGGCCAUUCACUGGAUAGAUUCGUGAAUCGAGAGCGAUCGUUUGGAAGGAGGGAGGGAGGAGAGGAAAGGUUCGAGUUAUUGGGUUGGAGAGAUUUUUUCUUUCUUUUUUUUUUCUUUUUGGAGGGAGGACGAGCCAGUGGAAGGUUAUCGGGUGCAAAUGGGAAGGUGAAGGAGGGUAUCGGGUGUUGGACAAGUGGGUCAAUAAAUGGAUUUUACUGGGGUGAGUCGCGAGUGUUCGCUUAAUUUAUGGCUUUUUACGUAUUCUUUUUUUUUUCUUGGGAAAGAAAUUUUCGCUUCGGGAUUUAUCGAGUUAAUGGGGGAUUCUUGACGUCUUACGACUCGUUUCAGUUUUUUGCGUUUUGUUUACUCGUUUUAUUUAGAAUAUAGACGAUGAAUAAGGUAAUUGAGGGGAAUUUUAUCGUUACGUUUUAUCGCUAUACGAUUGUUAAAAAUUGUACGACUCGUGUUUUAUUUUAAGACUAAAUUAUUCUAUGCUCUAAACGUGUUAUACGCUUCGUACAAUUAAUACGAAAAUAUUGAUAGAUGUAUAUUACGUUGAUUAAAUAUAUAUAUAUAUAUAUUUUUAC